CUGUGGAGAUUGUUACUUCCUUUUCCGCUUUUGUGUAGGUGACGGUGUGGUGCAGCUUAUUUGGUCGUGCUGAAAUCAGCUCAUCCAACACCUAAAAAACCGUCGUAGACAGUCAUCAUGCCCCCCAAAUUCGACCCCACUGCUGUUGUUGAAGUUAUCUGCAGAGCUGUUGGUGGAGAGGUGCCUGCAACCUCUGCCCUUGCCCCCAAGAUAGGUCCAUUGGGUCUGUCUCCUAAAAAGGUUGGUGAUGAUAUUGCCAAAGCUACUGCAGACUGGAAGGGGCUAAAGGUGACUGUGAAGCUAAUUGUGCAAAACCGACAGGCUCGUGUAGAUGUCAUUCCCAGUGCUGCGUCUCUUAUUAUCAAGGCGCUGAAGGAGCCUCCACGUGAUCGCAAGAAACAGAAAAACAUUAAGCAUGCUGGCAAUAUCACACUGGAAGAUGUGAUCAAGAUUGCAAGGACAAUGCGGUCUCGCAGUAUGGCCAGGACCCUGCAGGGCACUGUCAAGGAGGUUCUUGGAACGGCUCAGUCUGUUGGAUGUACUGUGGAGAAAGCCAAUCCUCAUGCGUUGAUUGAAAGGAUUAACUCGGGCGAGGUGGAAAUCCCAGAAGAAUGAGCAAGUGGCAAAGCUGUAUAAACUCAGAAAUAAAUGUGAAAACUGCUGAA